UUCUUCCAUCUCAGGCUCUCCCUUCUCAAAUCUCCUUUGCUCGGGUCGUGGGAACCUUGGAACCAAGUUCACCGAAUUCCCUCUCGAGCGCUCGUUCGUCCGAGCGUAAACGGCGGCUGAAUCCAUAUUCGACUCUCGUCCCGGUUCUAGCUAUAAGAGUGUAAUCGAUCAGGCUUUUGCUCGAAGCGCAGUUGGGAGCGGAGAGGAGAGAGAAUGAAUGCGUCUUCGUCAGGGAAGGCACGAGGCUCUUCCUCCUCCCAGCCCUCCGAGAGCUCCUCCAAGCGCAAGCGCGGCAUCUUCCAGAAAGAGCUGCAGCACAUGAUGUACGGUUUCGGUGACGAUCCCAAUCCACUUCCAGAAACUGUGGCGCUUGUUGAGGACAUUGUGGUGGAGUACGUCACAGAUUUUGCUCAUAAAGCACAGGAUAUUGGAUCAAAGAGGGGAAAGCUUUCUGUUGAGGAUUUUCUUUACCUAGUCCGCAAGGAUGCGCCAAAGCUUAACCGCUGCAAAGAGUUGCUGUCUAUGCAAGAAGAACUAAAGCAAGCUAGGAAAGCCUUUGAUGUAGACGAGGAAAAGCUUGCGGCAUCCCUGGACUGAGCUAUAGAUACUGUCUAGGAUUCUCAGUGCAGGUCUUGUCUGGUGUUAAGAUGUACAAGUUAAGACCCGUGGCUGUCCAAUUUUGAAUAGGAAUGAAAAGAAAAUGGAUGCGGUUUCGUCACCUCACUGCUGAUUAUUGGUUGUUUCUUUUCCAAUUGUCAGGUUCUUUAUCUAGUUCAGUUCAAACAGAUUUUGUGCAGCGCCAUUUGGUGCUCUCAAAUGCGACCCUCCUGGUUAACAGUGAUGCAUCUUUUUGUUUUCUCCA